AUGAGGCUACAACAACAGUACGUACCAACUGCUCCACCAGAAGAAGCCUACUAUCUCCCAUCAUCAUCACCACCACCUCCACCACUACCGCCACGUUAUCCGCCACCUAGUUGGCAGGAACCAUCGGUUGCUUUACAAUCAUCCAAGCGGUCCAAUCAUGUAUCAUCACCGUCGUACCCAGCACCACCACCACAGGGCCAGAAAUUCAUAAAACCAGCUAAUCGAAUUCGUCCCGUAAAUCAUCAGGGUCAAAACUCAUUUUAUGGGCAUAACUAUGAAAUGAUAGACAAAAGUAGAAAUAUUGAACAUGUUUCACGAUUUAAUGUGAAAUCCGGUAAACCUAAAGAGAUGCUCAAUCCUCAGUUAUACACUGAAAGAAGAUGUACCGACGUUCUCUGCUGCUUUCUGUUUCUUAUCUUCACUGCAGGAUGGGGUUUGGUGGCGGCAAUUGGUGAGUUGUUGGUUCAGACCGGCUUUCGUUGGGGAGAUGCCGAACGUCUCAUUUUGCCAACGGACAGUGCGGGACGGCGUUGUGGGGGAUCACGUGGGCGAUCCUACAACCUGACAACUCAACCUUACCUGUAUUAUUUUGAUAUAACAAAGUGUAUUUCUUAUUCAACUGCAAUUGGAGGAUGUCAGACACCUCAGAUAUGCGUAUCAAGGUGCCCUUCUAAAUAUUUUUCAUAUUUGCAGUUACAGAACCCUACCGCAUCACUAUUUGAUUUCUAUGAAUCGGUAGAGAAUUUAUUGUAUUGCACUGAAGAUGUUGACAAAAACUCGAUCGCCAACUUUGCUAUACUGCGAAAUUAUGUUCAUCAAAAGAAAUGCGCCUCAUAUACGGUAAAAUCAGCUCCCGUGCUCGGGCGUUGUGUGCCGGAAAUCCUUAUCGGUGCCGUCGACAAGUUCAGUGAUCUGCAAAAGUCAAACAUCUCUUUGGACACAUUGAAGACCAUGUUUGGUGAUGAUGGUACUAUUCCACCUGAUAAAGCUGUUAAUGAUAGCGAGAAACAAUUGCUGAAGACGUUCCUAGCUUGGGUUAAUGAUCAUACAGGUGCAGACGAACCUCCAGCUCCAUUUGAAAAAUUUAGGAGGGAUAUUUGCCUAUGUAAUAAAUCGAUUUCUUAUAGGUACAUUGGGCAAGUUGUCAAUUCUGAAGGUGUCAUUACAAAGGUCAUUCAUGAUCUCUUGAAAUCCUGGUGGCAGAUACUCGCACUGGUCGGAGGAGCCGGUGUACUAGCAUUUCUUUGGACUGUGAUUCUACGCAUUCUGGGUGGCUUCAUGAUUUGGACGUCAAUUUUCUGCAUUAUUGGUGUCCUUGGAGCCGCUUUUAUAUUAAGCACUGCUUUAUUUAUACUUUUUCUGGUGCUUAUUUUUGUACGUAAAAGGAUCUCAAUCGCUGUGGCGUUAAUUGAAGAAUCCAGCAGAGCUAUUGGUCAUAUGAUGUCUACUCUUAUUUUUCCGCUUUUUCCUUUCGCUCUACAUCUUUUUGUGAUUAUUCUAUGGGGAACAAUAGCGAUCUGGUUGGCCUCAUCUGGAGUUAAAGAUUGUCGGACAAAUAACAACCACAACAUAACGUGUGAUUGCUCUACAACUCCCAUGGUGGUUCUUAAUAUUGAUCCAAAAUGCACGUUUUUUGGUCUUGUCAAGGAAAAGAAGACAAUUUUUUGGCUUCAACUCUAUAAUCUGUUUCUUUUCUUCUGGAUGUCUUGCUUCGUAUCAUCACUAGGAAACAUCUCACUAGCGGGUGCAUUUGCCAGCUACUAUUGGGCAAGAAAUAAACCACAAGAUGUGCCCUCAUUUCCGGUGUUACGAGCUCUUGGAAGAGCAAUAAGGUAUCAUUUGGGUUCUUUGGCUUUCGGAUCCUUGAUAAUCGCUGCCACCAAGUUCAUUCGAGUACUUCUUGAUUAUUUGGAUAAAAAACUUUCCACCACGAAUAGUCAAAUUUUCAAGGUCUUCUUAUCGGCACUGAAAUGCUGCUUUUGGUGCAUGGAAGUUUUCCUCAAAUUUCUUACGAAAAACGCUUUUAUCAUGAUGGCAAUCUAUGGAAAAAGCUUCUUCGUAUCAGCAAAAGAGAGCUUUUUGCUACUUGCAAGAAACUGCGUUCGAGUUGCUGUGGUAAACCAAGUGGCCGGAUUUCUUCUGUUUUUAGGAAAAGCCUUAAUCACACUAGGAAUGGGUGUGGUGGCGUUCUUCUACUUCUCCGGUCAAUGGGUUGUUAACGGUAUACCACGGGUUGAUUUGUAUUACUAUUUCGUUCCUAUUAUACUUGUUUUGAUAGGGAGUUACUUUGUAACCGACUUAUUUUUCGAUGUCUACAAGAUGGCCGUUGACACGACAUUCAUAUGCUUUUUGGAAGACUCUGAACAAAACGAUGGCACUAUCGAGAUACCAUUCUAUAUGUCAAAGGACCUGCAAAGAAUUCUCAACAAGAAGAAUGAAAAAUGA